AUGGCUUUUCGAAUUUUUACAAAUAAAUUUGUUAGAAUAGAUUCCCACAUACGGAUCAGAAACUUUAGUUCUGCAAGAGAAGACACUGAUAAGUUGAACGCUGCUACAAAAUAUUGUAGUGAUCUUGUAAAGAAACAUGAUCGGGAAAAUUUUAUAAUUUCAGUAUUUUAUCCAAAACAUCUAAAUAAUGUAUUCUUGGCAAUAAGAGCAUUUGAUAUUGAACUAGCAAUGAUACGUUAUUCAGUGAGCAAUUCUCAAAUUGGUAGAAUGCGUAUGCAAUUUUGGCGAGAUGCGAUUGAUAAUACUUUUCAGGGAAGACCACCUCAGCAACCAAUUGCUCGAAUGUUACACAGUUCCUUGGAGACAUGUCAAUUAUCUCCAUUGUUUUUUAAAAGGAUAAUUGAUGAAAGGGAAGCAAGCUUGAAUGAUCCACCAUAUAUUACCACCAAAGAUUUGGAAUCAUAUGGUGAGAAUACCGCGUCAUGCCUUCUGUACUUACAUCUUGAGUCUUUGGGAAUCAAAGGUAUGCAAGCAGAUCAUGCUGCAAGCCAUGUUGGAAAGGCUAUUGGGAUAAUUAAAAUUCUAAGAGGAUUUUCAUAUUCUGUUGGAAAAAGGAGGAUUUCAUUACCCUCUGAAAUUACUGCAAAGUAUAAUAUUUCUCAAGAAGAAAUCUUUCGUUCAGGACCUGUAAAAGGAUUAGAAGAUGCCAUAUUUGAAGUUGCCACAUUGGCCAAUGAUCAUUUGCUCACAGCCAGGACAUUUUUGCCGAAUAUUCCAAAUAAAGCCUUGCCUGCUUUAUUAUUGGCAGUACCAUGCGAUUCUUUUCUUAAACGAUUAGAAAAAUAUAAUUUCAACAUAUUUGAGCCAAAAUUGACUAUAAGUGAUUGGAAAUUACCAUUUAAUUUAUGGUAUAAUUUUAAGAAGGGAACUUUUUGA